GACGUCAUGACGUACAAGGCGACGCUUCAUGAAUAUUUAUGAGGGGGUUUUGUAAGCAGUCACGUUGCGUUGCGGCAUCAGUACGACAGAGUGAGUUGGUCAGAGAGCAUCCUCUUCACCAUCAUCUUUUACACUCCAAGCAGGUUGUUUUGAGCAGCAGGCAUCAUGACGCACCAGUACCCAGCACUCACUGCCGAGCAGAAGAAGGAGCUGCAGGAGAUCGCCCAGCGCAUCGUCGCGCCUGGCAAAGGCAUCCUCGCUGCGGAUGAGUCCACAGGAAGCAUGGCCAAGCGCCUGAACCCCAUCGGCGUUGAGAACACGGAAGAGAACCGCCGUCUGUACCGCCAGCUCCUCUUCACGGCUGACGAGCGCAUAGACAAAUGCAUCGGUGGCGUCAUCUUUUUCCACGAGACGCUUUACCAGAGCACGGACGACGGCACUAAUUUUGCCAAGCUGAUCAAGGACAGGGGCAUUGUCGUGGGCAUUAAGGUCGACAAAGGCGUUGUUCCUCUGGCAGGGACCAAUGGUGAAACCACCACACAGGGGCUGGAUGGCCUGUCAGAACGCUGUGCUCAGUACAAGAAGGACGGAGCUGACUUCGCUAAGUGGCGUUGUGUGCUGAAGAUCAGCGAGACCACUCCCUCAGAGCUGGCGAUCAUGGAGAACGCCAAUGUCCUGGCUCGCUAUGCAAGCAUCUGCCAGCAGAACGGCAUCGUGCCCAUCGUGGAGCCAGAGAUCCUGCCUGACGGAGAUCAUGACCUCAAGCGUUGCCAGUACGUCACAGAGAAGGUCCUCGCUGCCUGCUACAAGGCUCUGUCUGACCAUCACGUCUACCUGGAGGGCACACUGCUCAAACCCAACAUGGUGACCGCCGGACACUCCUGCCCCACCAAAUACAGCAAUGCGGAGAUUGCCAUGGCAACAGUCACUGCCCUGCGCCGCACCGUUCCUCCAGCAGUCACAGGCGUAACCUUCCUGUCUGGAGGACAGAGUGAAGAGGAGGCAUCCGUCAACCUGAACGCCAUCAACAACUGCCCCCUGAUCAAGCCGUGGGCGCUCACCUUCUCCUACGGCCGUGCUCUGCAGGCUUCAGCUCUCGGCGCCUGGCGCGGGGUCAAGGAGAACACGAAAGCCGCUACUGAGGAGUUCAUCAAGCGCGCUGAGGCUAACGGCCUGGCCGCUCAGGGAAAGUACGUGUCCAGCGGAACUGGCGGAGCUGCAGCACAGUCUCUGUACGUGGCCAACCACGCCUACUAAACCCCAGCCCCAUCGCCCCGCCUUCUCCAGCUUCUGCCGACCAGUAGUAUCAUCCACAGCAGCUUCCCUCUCCGUUUCACCAGCCAAUCACAGGCCUGCGCUGACCUCUGUCCUCCGUGCAAGAGUUAUCAAUAAAAUGUCUUCUAGUCUGUCUAGCUAAAACAAAAAAAUUUCACAACACAGCAACACAGUAGCAGGGAAGGUCGGAAAGCUGAACAAGGCGAUCUUAAAAGGUCAUUUUGUGACAUUGGUUCUAAAAUAUUAAUCAGAUAGUGUUGCCUGCAUGGCCAGAUUAUUAAAACCUGAUUUAAGUUGUGUUAUUUAAUUUCAUUUGGAAACCUUUUUUUUUUUCUUUUCUUUUGAUAAGUAUUCAAUUCCAAGACGCUCACGCCAGAUUCUUUAGUUCUCGUGUCUCGUCAUUCCCGUAACUUGCAGUCGAUAUCCUGUGAUUGUGAGUGCAGAACGGCGGAGAGCGAACAUGUUAAUCAUUCCAGAAGUGUGUGUCCAAAGCAUUGCAGGAAGGUAUGAGUAGAAUAAUCGCUGAGCAGGAGCAUUCCUUCAUAAGGUGUGUGUGAGAGAGAGAAGGGACGGAGUGGUGUGUGUAUAGGUCAGUACUUCUGUGUGCAUCACAACGGUUUUCAAGAACAAUUGACUCGGACCAACAGAGGAACAUUAUUUAAUAUAUAGUAUCAAGUGUAUCAAGUGGAUUGCCCAUCUACUGUUUGAUCAUCAUAGAAUACUAACUAUAUUAGUUUGCUUUUUUGUGUCGUGUGCUUGAAUAUACUACGCUCUCCCUCUCCAUCUUUGUAGCAUAGUGAUACAGAGACAGUGAAGUUUAAUGGCUUAAUACGCUGGUGAGGACCUAAUUAUGGAGCACUUUGAGGGGAGCGGUCACUGCUGAAUUGGAUAAACCGUGAUGUUGUUGUGGUGUUAUUCCCUAAGCACUUGGUGUCAAAAAUAAAAAUAUAUAAUAUAAAAUAAAGAGAUUAAGAGCCCAGA